GCCCUUUCUUCCGCGUUUCCUGCGAUCGCUGCGUGCCACCAGCUGCAGUGCCCUCUACCUGUUUGUAUAAAUACCGCAAUUGGGUCUUGAUUCAUUCGUUCUCAGUUUUCCCUUGCCAAGCACACGAUUCGAACUAGGAAGGAAAGAAAGGCCGAGAAAAUAGAAACCUGAAACAGGGUGCCCUUGGAAACGACACAAAAGGAGACAAACGACGAUCAUUAUGGGUUCUGCUCAAACUCCCGCUAAUAUCCCUCUUAUGACUCCUUAUAAGAUGGGAAAGUUCGAUCUUUCUCAUAGAGUUGUUUUGGCACCUUUGACUCGGCAGAGAUCAUACGGCAAUGUUCCUCAGCCACACGCCGUUUUGUACUACUCUCAAAGAACCACCAAAGGUGGUCUUUUGAUUGCUGAAGCAACUGGAGUAUCUGACACUGCCCAAGGGUACCCGGAUACCCCUGGUAUAUGGACAAAAGAGCAAGUUGAAGCCUGGAAACCUAUUGUCGAUGCUGUUCACGCCAAAGGUGGUAUAUUUUUCUGUCAGAUUUGGCAUGUGGGCCGGGUUUCAAAUUCAGGUUACCAGCCAAAUGGCCAAGCUCCAAUAUCUUCUACAGACAAGCCAUUGACUCCCCAAAUUCGAGCUAAUGGUGUCGAUGUUGCUCAAUUCACACCUCCAAGGCGGCUAAGAACCAAUGAAAUUCCUCAAAUUGUCAAUGAUUUUAGACUUGCUGCGAGGAAUGCCAUAGACGCUGGAUUUGAUGGAAUUGAGAUCCAUGGGGCUCAUGGCUACCUCAUUGAACAAUUUCUGAAAGAUCAAGUGAAUGAUCGAACUGACAAAUACGGUGGAUCCUUAGAGAACCGCUGUCGUUUCGCUCUUGAGAUCGUUGAAGCUAUUACUAAUGAGAUAGGGGUAGAUAGAGUUGGAAUAAGAUUAUCUCCAUUUGCUAGCUACAUGGAAUCAGGGGAUUCUAACCCUGAAGCUUUGGGGCUUUAUUUGGCAGAAUCCUUGAACAAGUUUGGAAUUUUGUACUGCCACAUGGUUGAGCCAAGAAUGAAGACGGUUGGAGAGGCACAUGAGACCCCUCACAGUCUUGUCCCCAUGAGAAAGGCUUUCAAGGGUACCUUCAUUGUUGCCGGGGGGUAUGACAGGGAGGAUGGGAACAAAGCUGUAGCUGAAAACCGCACAGACCUUGUUGCUUAUGGUCGUCAUUUCUUGGCUAAUCCGGAUUUGCCAAAGAGAUUCGAGCUCAAUGCUCCUCUAAAUAAGUACAACAGAGAGACAUUUUACAUAUCUGAUCCUCAUAUUGGUUACACUGAUUAUUCAUUUCUUGAGACCACUGUUUAAUUUCAUAUACUCAAUUAGAGGUGGGAGAGCUUGAAUGAUUUAUUACUAGCACCCAGAGGUGGUAUAGGUACUUGAAGAUUUGAUAAUGUUGCAUCAUUUAUGUAACAGCCAUUUUUACUGUAGCUUUUGAAUUAUAAAAUGUAUCAUCAUUAUUGUAUUGCUA